AUGGUUAUGACGAUUUUACUUUUGGAAAAAUUCAUAUCAAACGGUUAUUACGACGUGACAGAAGAAUACGGAUGCGAAAAUACGAAAUUUCGUUUAAAUUGUAAUUCCGUAAGGAAAACAAUCGUUAUAUUCGAUGGGAUUUUUUCAAAUGAUGAAAAUUUUUUUAAAAUCCAUAAUAUCCCAUGUAAAAAUUCCAGGAGAUCGAUAAGAAAUUGUAAAACUUGUUGUUCGGAUAAGGAAAAAAUCAUUAAUGAUAAUAAUUAUGAUAAUGAUAAUGAUAAAAUAAUAAUUGGAUUCGAAAACGAAACAAACGAUUAUAAUAAUAAUAAUAAUAAUUUUGAAGAAAUUAAAUUUAAACAUUUGAUUACUAAAAGAUGUUCUGGAGUUAACUAUUGCACUUUUGUUUUCGAUGAAGAUUAUGAAGAAUCUAAAAAAAUUGGUCCAGGUGGUGUUUAUAUUCGUUACGCUUGCGUUCCAGAUACGAUAAUGAAAAAAACAUGCGAUACGUAUUUGAACGUGUCAGAAGAAGAAGGUUUUGCAAGGACUCCAGGUUAUCCGAGUUAUUACGUCGGUGAAACAAAUUGUAAAUGGAUGUUAAAAUCAUCGCCGUUGCAAAGGAUAAAAAUAACUUUUUUAGACGUGUCAAUAAGAAACGUUGCUCCCCACGAAAUGGAUUGCUUGGAUAAAAUAAUAGUUUCGGAAAAUGGUUUGAAUCUUUUAACGGCUUGCGGUGAUUCGUUUGAAAACGUCGUCGUUUUAUCAUCCGGUUCGUCAUUGAACGUGUCAUUUGUCACACAAUCGAAAAAUCUUUUUCCAAAACGUGGAAUUUUAUUUCAUUACAAAGAAGACGGUUAUUUAUACGAAAGAAACGAAUCGUUUGUACAUUUUAAAUGCUGCCACGGUUUUGUUUUUCCUGACACGUUAUCAAGAGAUAAAAUAUUACAAUGUCAAAAUGAAAAUUAUUGGAACGGACGAAUUCUGGAUUGCGUCAGUGAGUAA